AUGACAAACUCAAGUGAUUAUCUUAAGGAUCUGUAUAAUGAUAUUUUUGAGAUCAAUAACUAUUUUUAUGAGAAUCAGAAAAAAGAUGGAAAAACAUCUAUAAUAACUAAAAACCAAAUCCACUAUUAUUGUCAUAACGAGAAUGGAUCAGCAAAUGGUCUUUGUAAAAAUUAUUUUGAAAUGGCUAGUUCUGGUGUUAUUCAUUUGCUAAAAAAUUUAAAGAAUAAGUAUGAUUUAGAAGAUGAUAAACUUGCCGAAUACGCUAUUUUAUGGUUAAGUUAUAAACUAUAUAUAAAGGAAAAUAAUACAGCCAGAAAUUUAAAUGAUUUUUAUGAUAAAUAUAUAGUAAAAAAUAAGUGUUAUAAUGAGAAAAUAAAAAAUAAUGGUAGUACGACUUAUAAGGAUAUUAUAAAUAGAAAAAAAGAUUUGAUGGAUAAUAAUGAAAUAUCUAAAUUUGAUGAUCCAUUUGGUACAUUAUUAACAUUGUAUUAUGUAAUUAAUCAAACAUAUUGGAAAUGCACAACAUAUUCGGAUUAUCCUCAAAAGUUUGUUAAUCAAUUUAAUGUACUCAACAAUGACCCUAAGAAUAUAGAAAAAAGUUCAUAUAAUAAAUUGUUAUCUAGAUUAUCAGAUGAUUAUAAAAAUUUAAAAAAAAUAUAUCAUGAUAAAGUUAAAUCUUGCAAUUUUCCAGAUCUUCCACCAUUAUCCCCCCAAAAAAGUUCUGUAGAAAAGUCUGUAGACAGUCUUGGAAAAGGUGUUGAACAAACAUUGGUGGAAACUCCUGAAGGUACAUCAUCAAGUUCGUCGAUAUUAAACACAGUAAUUCCAGGUUUAUCAACAUUUGCAAUACCGGUUUUCUUGGGAGUUGCUUAUAAGUAUUCAUUAUUUGGAAUUGAUAAACUAUUUCAAAGACAACAUAUAAAAAAAAAAUUAAAAAAAACAAAGAAGAAAAUGGAACUUAAUAUAUGA